AACCAACACUGCAUGAUCGACACACCAUCACCACACCACACCACACAAUUCAACACUAGCUAGCUGCACAGGACACGAGCCGAUCCAUCCAUCCAGAAAAAAAAAGAGUGCCCGUCGAAAAUGCCGGUGAGCAGGAUCGCCAUCGGCGCCCCGGGGGAGCUGUCCCACCCGGACACCUUCCGCGCCGGCGUCGCCGAGUUCAUCUCCAUGCUCAUCUUCGUCUUCGCCGGCUCAGGCUCCGGCAUGGCCUUCGGCAAGCUGACUGACGGCGGCGCGACGACGCCGGCGGGGCUGAUCGCGGCGGCGCUGGCGCACGCGUUCGCGCUCUUCGUGGCCGUGUCCGUGGGCGCCAACAUCUCGGGCGGGCACGUGAACCCGGCCGUCACAUUCGGCGCCUUCGUGGGCGGCAACAUCAGCCUGCUCAAGGCGGUGGUGUACUGGGUGGCGCAGCUGCUCGGCUCCGUCGUGGCCUGCCUCCUCCUCAAGAUCGCCACCGGCGGCGAGGCCGUGGGCGCCUUCUCGCUCUCCGCCGGCGUCGGCGUCUGGAACGCCGUGGUCUUCGAGAUCGUCAUGACCUUCGGGCUCGUCUACACGGUGUACGCCACGGCGGUCGACCCCAAGCGCGGCGACCUCGGGGUCAUCGCGCCCAUCGCCAUCGGCUUCAUCGUCGGCGCCAACAUCCUCGCCGGCGGCGCCUUCGACGGCGCCUCCAUGAACCCCGCCGUCUCCUUCGGCCCCGCUGUCGUCACCGGCGUCUGGGAGAACCACUGGGUGUACUGGCUCGGCCCCUUCGCCGGCGCCGCCAUCGCCGCCCUCGUCUACGACAUCUGCUUCAUCGGCCAGCGGCCCCACGAGCAGCUCCCCACCGCCGACUACUGAAAACCUCACUCUCAAUCUCAUCCAUCCAUCACCGCCAUGAGAGAUUGAAAUCGAUUCAAAAAAUUCCAGCAAGUGUACGUCGUCGUGUCAUCAUCAGUAAGCCAGUUUAGUUUCAUUCUCUCUCCCUCUCUCUCACGUGUCUUUGAGAAAUUCAGGGUAAACAGUGUGAGUCAGUCAGUCAGGAAUAAUCUCUUGUCUUGGUGUAUGUCCUCAAUUAUGAAUGCUUCUAUUCCAUGGUCAAGAUUGAUGUUUGUACAAAGGUAUUGUCUGUCCUGGCAACUUGAUGUCUUGCCAAUCUUGUGUCCAUAUUUUCUGUAGAUUUUGUCCUGUCACGACAUGAUAUGUAUGGUAAGCAUUGGUGAUUGUGAUGGAUGGGAAGAAAUUGACAGUUCAA